AUGGUGGAAUCAAGUGCUGAUCGACUAGCUUGGGGUGUGGCUAUAGGAUGCUUAAUCAUUGUCAUCGGUGGAGUUGGUUUGGUUGCAAAACUUCAUGCGGACCUAUUGGCACUCAACGAGGUUGCUGAGGUUGAAAUCGUCAAUUUCCGAACCGAACAUGACCUGAUAUGGAAGGAAGCGCUGAAACUUGCAGACAAAUUCGGUCGACGAAUCGAAAAACGCCAAGUUCACAAAGGUCGUCGUCAUUUGGUCGACUCUGCUGAAAUUCCACAGAGAAAACGUCAUCUGUACGCUUAUCCUCAAGCAGUCCAGAUUCAAAAUCCUCCGUUCUUCAGUCAGUUCCAACAGGUGCCGCAGCAGGUGACAAGACCAGUCGCAGUAUCACGUAAGUGCUGA